AUGUCCGCUUCGCCUAUAUCUGCUUCGCCUACAUCCGCUUCGCCUACAUCUGCUUCGCCUACAUCUGCUUCUCCUACAUCAACUGCUUCUACCUCUGCUACCACCACCAAUGAAGCCAUAUCAGGCGAAGCUAAAGAAAGCCAAGAAUUUGCCCUAGUCCAACUAACAGAUAAGGAAAUUAUAGAAUUCACCAGGGUGCAAAAUAGUCAAUCAUGGAAAGGCGCACUUCUGACACAAGACUAUGUCUUGAGAGAGCACGUGUUGAGUAAAUCUCAAAUGACUUCACAAGAUCCAAAUAAGCUUCUCGUGUUUAUGUUGUUUAAGAAACCUUUACAAAAAGGUGCUGCGCUUUGCUCCAUUGAGUUGUUGAUUCGAGAAGCAUGGAUCUACCAGAAAAUUGAUGGCAAGGUUGAGAAGAAACAGGUGUUGAGUGGAUGCAUUGGCGGUGUAUUCACUCUACAGGAACAUAGAGGUAACGGGUAUGCAAGAAUCAUGGUUAAUGAAUUGAAGAAAUGGGCUCAAGGAGAAGAUAAUGUAAGUGGUGGUGUUGGGAAACAAGGUUUUUUGUUCUUGUAUAGUGAAAUUGGUGAGUAUUAUGCCAAGAAUGGGUUUAAAUCGUUCCCCGUUGAUUUAAUCAAGAUCCCGAUGCCCGCUAAAACCAGCACGAGCCUUGUCAAGGAAGACGCAGACGGGUUAGAUUUUGAAUUGAUCAAGUAUCAUGAUUUUGAACACUUGAUGAAUCUUUAUCAACAAAAACUAGAUGACUCUCUUUGGCAGAAAACUCAACUUGAUGGGAAAACUAGAGUAUGUAUUAAGCCAACUUCAGAUAUCAUUGAUUGGUUUCAUUUGCGGUCUAAAUUCAUUACAUUUAAAUUGUUCCCUUUGCCUCAAUGGAGCAAAAGCAUUGAUUUCCAAAAUGAAUCGUACGACUCAAUAAAAGCGAAGCUCGAGCAUUCGCUGCCAACACAUUUUGGAAUCAAACUCAUUAACAAGGAAACCCAUGAAAUCUUUGGGUUUGUAAUAUGGACAAUAGAUUGGAAUGAAGCAAAUCCAAAAACUACAAAAGCUACAGUAUUGAAACUCGUUUGUUUCAAAAAUGAAAACAAGGUUGAUGUGGUUAAAAAAAUUAUCUCAUACAUGGUUGAUUAUUUAUCAAAGCUGCAAAUUGAAGGAUGCUCAACUACGGAAGUUGUCAUUUGGGAAUCUGAAUUGCAAGAGUAUGGUUCUAAUGAGUUGAAGGAAUGGUUGAAGCUGGAAUUGAAGGCCAGUAUAAACUUGGAGAAUCCAUCAAGACUGGCAAUUCUAAUGAAUGAUUAUCAAGAGGAUGAAAAAUUGAAACUGGGGGGGAUUAUUAUGGGCAAGGAAGUUGUAACCAGCAUUGCACCGAAAUGUAUCAGUGGAUUAGAAUUUGGAGCAUUAUCGGCUGAGGAUAUAGUAGCACAGUCGGUUGUUGAGAUAAAAACGAGGGAUUUGUAUGAUUUGGAAAAAGGCCGUACCCCAAAGAGCUCAGGGGCUUUGGAUCCCAAGAUGGGGACCUCAUCAAAUGCCGAAGAGUGUAGUACAUGUCAGGGGAAUUUGGCAUCGUGUCAGGGCCAUUUUGGUCAUAUCAAAUUAGCAUUACCCGUAUUUCAUGUAGGGUACUUCAAAUCCAUCAUCUCGGUUCUUCAAUCUAUUUGCAAAAACUGCGCAGCCGUGCUACUAGACGAGAAGAGUAAGCGACAAUUCCUUGGCGAAUUGAGAAAACCAGGUAUCGAUAAUUUGAAAAAAAUGAAGAUAUUGAAGAAAAUUUUAGAUCAGUGUAAAAAACAGAGGAGGUGCCUAAAGUGCAAUCAUGUAAACGGUGUGGUGAAAAAGGCAGCUAGUGGUGCUGGUCCUGCAUCGUUGAAAAUCGUUCAUGAUACAUUCAGAUGGAUUGGUAAGAAAGAUACUCCAGAAAAGGCAAAGUGGGAUGAAGAUUUACAAGAAGUGAUUAGAAACCACCCGGAUAUAGAAAAAUUUGCCAAAAGAAUGACUGAAGACUUCAACCCCUUGAAAACGCUCAAUUUGUUCAAACAGAUUACUCCUUCAGAUUGUGAAUUUUUCGGAAUGGACCCUUCUAGAGGCGGAAGACCUGAAAUGUAUAUUUGGAGGUAUCUACCUGCACCACCCGUUUGUAUUAGGCCAUCAGUCAAAAUGGAUAAUCAGUCAAAUGAAGAUGACUUAACCGUCAAGUUAACUGAAAUCGUAUGGACAUCCUCUAUGAUUAAAGCAGGUAUAAUGAAGGGAAUAUCAGUGAAUAACCUAAUGGAGCAAUGGGAUUAUUUACAGUUAUCUGUGGCAAUGUAUAUUAACUCCGAUGCGGCAAAUCCCGCAUUGAUGCAAUCAGCAGCUGGCGGCGGUGGUGGUGGUAGCAAAUCUGCAAAACCAAUAAGAGGAUUUUGUCAAAGGUUGAAAGGUAAGCAAGGUCGUUUUAGAGGUAACUUGUCCGGUAAAAGAGUCGAUUUUUCGGCAAGAACAGUUAUUUCGCCUGAUCCAAAUUUAAGAAUCGACGAAGUUGCUGUACCAGAAAGAGUUGCCAAAGUAUUGACCUAUCCUGAGAAGUGUACUAGAUACAAUAAGAAGAAAUUGCAAGCAUUAAUUAGGAAUGGGCCUGAUGUCCAUCCAGGAGCAAAUUAUGUUCACAAACAAAACGAAGCAGGAAAGAGGAACUUACGAUUUGGUGAUCGUCACAAAUUAUCAAAAACCUUACAGCCUGGUGAUAUAGUUGAACGUCAUAUUGAAGAUGGUGAUAUAGUGCUAUUCAAUCGACAACCUUCGUUGCAUAGAUUGUCCAUUUUAUCCCAUUAUGCAAAGAUUCGACCUUGGAGAACAUUCAGGUUAAAUGAAUGUGUAUGUACUCCAUAUAACGCGGAUUUCGAUGGUGAUGAAAUGAACUUGCACGUUCCUCAAACCGAAGAAGCUAGGGCUGAAGCAAUCAAUUUAAUGGGUGUUAAAAAUAAUUUACUUACACCAAAAUCGGGUGAGCCUAUUAUUGCUGCUACUCAAGAUUUCAUUACAGGAUCGUAUCUAAUAUCACAUAAGGAUACGUUUUUAGAUCGUGCCACAUUGGUUCAACUACUAUCUAUGAUGUCUGAUGCAGAUGUUCAUUUCGAUAUUCCACCACCAUCAAUAAUGAAACCAGUGAUGUUAUGGACUGGUAAACAAGUUUUCUCUCUUUUAAUCAAACCAAAUAAACAAUCCAAAGUUGUGAUUAACUUAAAUGCCAAAAACAAAACAUUCCAUCCACCUGCAAAGGGUUUACCUAGUGAAAUGUCACCCAACGAUGGAUACGUUGUGAUUAGAGGGUCUCAAAUAUUGAGUGGAUUGAUGGAUAAAUCAACCUUAGGUGAUGGAAAAAAACAUUCAGUGUUUUACACAAUACUACGAGAUUAUGGUCCUCAAGAAGCAGCUACUGCCAUGACAAGAAUGGCCAAAUUAUGUGCAAGAUAUUUAGGAAAUAGGGGGUUUUCUAUUGGUAUCAAUGAUGUUACACCUGCGCAUGAUUUGAAGCAAAAGAAGGAAUUAAUGGUGGAACAAGCAUACUUGAAAUGUGACGAGUUGAUUGACUUAUAUAAUCGAGGUAAAUUAGAAACUCAACCAGGUUGUAAUGAAGAGGAAACAUUGGAAGCAAAAAUCGGUGGGCUUUUGUCCAAAGUCAGAGAAGAAGUUGGUGAUGUUUGUAUUAGGGAAUUAGACCCGUUAAAUGCACCAUUAAUUAUGGCCACAUGUGGUUCUAAAGGGUCUACAUUGAAUGUGUCCCAAAUGGUGGCUGUUGUUGGUCAGCAAAUCAUUUCGGGCCAUCGUGUUCCUGAUGGGUUCCAAGAUCGAUCCUUACCUCAUUUCACCAAGAAUUCAAAAACACCCCAGUCAAAAGGAUUUGUUAGAAACUCAUUUUUUAGUGGCCUAACUCCGCCUGAAUUUUUGUUCCAUGCCAUUUCUGGUAGAGAGGGGUUAGUUGAUACUGCUGUGAAAACAGCCGAAACCGGUUACAUGUCUAGAAGAUUAAUGAAAUCACUAGAAGAUUUAUCUUCUCAAUAUGACAAUACUGUGAGAAACUCAUCAAAUGGUAUUGUUCAGUUCACAUAUGGUGGUGAUGGGUUGGAUCCUUACGAUAUGGAAGGUGAUGCUAAACCAGUGAAUUUUGUACGACAGUGGGAUCAUGCUUAUAAUCUAACAUAUAAUGCAAAUGACAACCCGUUGUUGCCCUAUCAAAUUCAGAAUGUAGUUGAGGAAGUUUUAAAACCUUUGGAGGAUAAAUUAAAUAACAAUGGUAUGAACAACGAAAGUGAGAGUCAAAUAGUUGAUCAAAAAGAUGCCGAGAGAGAGUUUUACAACUCUGUACGAAAUUUUAUGUUGAAUAAAGCAGAAACAUUAGCAAGAUUAAGAGAACAACGUGGUUUAAAGCCAUUUUUCACUCCACCGUCUCCAGAGGAUAUUUUCAUUGAUGAAGAUGAGCUCAAACUCAAUGCUAUCAACCAAUUGAUGAAAAUCUCACAAAAAGCAGUAAAGAAAUUCCUCAAACAGUGUAUUUACAAAUACACAAGAGCAAAAGUUGAAGCAGGAACUGCUGUUGGAGCCAUUGGCGCACAAUCUAUUGGUGAACCAGGUACUCAAAUGACAUUGAAAACUUUCCAUUUUGCUGGUGUUGCUUCCAUGAAUGUCACACUAGGUGUGCCUCGUAUUAAAGAAAUUAUUAAUGCCUCAAAAACAAUCUCGACUCCAAUCAUCAAUGCUGUGCUAGUCAAUGACGACGAUGAGAUUGCUGCUCGUGUAGCAAAAGGAAGAAUAGAAAAAACCUUGUUGAAAGAUGUCGCGUUUUACAUUGAAGAUGUCUAUACCGAAAGUAUGGCUUGUUUAUGCAUCAAGAUCGACUUAGACACCAUUGAAAAGUUGCAAUUGGAGCUAGAUAUAGAUGGAAUUGCCGAAUCAAUACGCAAUGCUCCCAAAUUGAAAAUAUCCAAAGGAGAUGUUACCGUGAUGGGCAAAAACAUGAUUGUUGUUAAAUGUGAUAUAAUUGAACCGAAAUCAGCAGCCUUGAAAACAACAACUGAGGACAACAAUCAAAAUGCAUUAUUUUUCAGAAUGCAAUUGUUGAAAAGAACACUUCCUGAUAUUUGCAUCAUUGGUCUUUCAAACGUCUACCGUGCAGUUAUUAACAUCAAGGAUGAUGGGAAAAAGGAACUUCUUGUAGAAGGUUACGGUUUGAAAGAUGUUAUGAACACUGAGGGUAUUAUUGGUACAAAAACAACAACAAAUCACGUCCUUGAAGUCAAUGAAAUUCUUGGUAUUGAAGCGGCAAGAAGUUCAAUUAUUAAAGAGAUUGAUUAUACAAUGAGUAAUCACGGAAUGAGCGUUGAUCCUCGUCAUAUUCAAUUGUUAGGUGAUGUGAUGACUUAUAAAGGUGAAGUAUUGGGUAUUACAAGAUUCGGUUUAAGCAAAAUGAGAGACUCGGUAUUGCAAUUGGCAUCAUUUGAAAAGACAACGGACCAUUUAUUCGAUGCAGCGUUUUUCAUGAAACAUGAUAAAAUUGAAGGUGUUUCUGAAUGUAUUAUAUUAGGACAAACAAUGAGUGUGGGUACUGGUGCUUUUAAAUUGGUGAAGUCGUCAAACUACGAUGAAAAAGUAUUGAGAAGAAAAAGGACCUUGUUUGAAUCAUGUUGUGAAGUUUCUUCAGUGGCAUAG